AUGGAUACCAGUCGUAUCUCGAUUGCUCUCCCAACAGCUCUUCUUGUUUUCUCUUCUGCCGUAGUCGCACAAUCGUUGACAGGCCUCAAACAGCAAGUGCUGAGCACAUUCAUCUAUACUAACUAUGGAGAUCGAACCCCGUUUGUCUUCUCUUCGCCAGCGACUCUGACUCCACUAGGUGCUCAUCAGCUCUAUGAGGCAGGUGCCAAAGUGCGAGAACGAUAUGUAACCCCCAUUGAAGGCGAUUCAGAUGUCACCACCAUCGUGGGCAUUUCGCCGUUUCAGCUUCAAUACGAUCAAUUGACUGUUUUGGCCGGUCAGGAACAAUAUGUCACCGGUUCUGCUCAGGCCUUCCUCCAAGGACUUUACCCUCCACUGGAGACAUUCUCCAACUAUACAUACAUCGCUGGCCAAAGCACCAUCGAAAAUGGCACCAAUUUGGUGGCCCCUCUGAACGGCUACCAAUAUCCGGAUAUCUUGACCCUGACCAGCAAUGAUAUGAAUUCAAUCUGGAUUGAUGGCACUCAAAACUGCCCGACAUGGAGAUCGUCUGUCAAUGACUACUACCAGACUGCCGCUUUUCAGAAUUUGCGAAAUACCACCCAAGAAUUCUAUGGCAGUCUUCAGUCAGAUUUCCUUGAUGGAUACUUUUCUACACCGUCCGCCGGCUAUCUUGAUGCUUACUACAUCUACGAUUAUCUCAGAUAUGCCAGCAUUCAUAACACCACGGUUGCAAGACUUCUUGAGCCAGAGGAUUUGACCAAGGCUAAAAUCCUCGCCGCUGAUUUGGUAUUCGCCCAAAAUGCCGACAUUGCAGUCUCAGGGCCGGUUGAAGGAGACCACAUCAGGGCCAUGGCGGGCAAGACACUAGCAACAAGAAUCCUCCAAUCUAUAUACACCAGUAUUAGUACCGAAGGGGAGUCAGCGAAGAUGACACUGCUUUUCGGUGAUUUCCAACCUAUGGUCGCCUUUGCUGCACUGGCAGGCUUGACAUCACCACAGAAUGCCGCUUUCUAUAACCUUCCAGAGCCAGGUGCAAGCUUCAUCUUUGAGCUGUACUCCAUGCAACCGGCGACCGACAAGACUUACCCAGAGAACGAUGAGAUUUUUGUACGUUUCUUUUAUCAGAACGGCACGGGUGCAGAUUCAGAACUUGUCGCCUAUCCUCUCUUUGGUCUGAGUCCAAGCCAGACAAUGAUUCCUUUGCAGGACUUUGUCACGAAUCUGCAGAAAUUCAUGAUUAUGAAUGUGGAAGACUGGUGCACGACAUGCAAUUCAUUCUCGGUUUUCUGUCCUGCAUUUGUCGACGACGAUGGAUCUCUCUGCCCAACGACACGAUCUCCAAACAGCAAGAGUGGGGGGUUGUCACCCACUGUCGCUGGUGUGAUUGGUGCAGUGGUUACUCUGGCUGUUGCUGGAUUACUUUUUGGUGCAAUAGCACUCUUUGGCGGUGUCCGAAUCUAUCGUGUCCAGAACAAACGGAGGUCAGAAUUGGGAGGGUUCAAGGGGUCGGAGAGACUAGCAAGUGAUCAAGAUCUGACAAUACCAAAAGGGGGUGCUGGGGCAACUGUGAUUGCAAGCCCAAGUCCCAUCCAGACACGAGGCCAUGAACGCGUGGGAAGUUGGGAAUUGAGGGAGCAGGCAAAGGCCCAGGAGGCAGAAAGGAGAAUCUUCGAGACUAACAAUCGCCCAAGACGUCCAAGCUAUGAAGAAGACGACAUGCCCAUCAAUCCGUUCACCUCUCCAGUGGACCCUAAACACCACGUCUGA